AAAUUUCGACAGAUGUCUCUGUGCUUAUUAUGUCUCCUGAGAAAAGCCAGGAGAUGCACGGAAACGGUCAAGUUACGCAAAAAGGCAACAGGCUGAUAACAGAGCGACCGAGUGCAGAGAGAGAGAGAGGAGGAGAGACGGAGAGCAAGAGAGAGAGAGAGAGGAGGAAGGGAGGAGGAAGUCUUUAGACUUUAGGACUUCACAUGAAGAGUAUAAGAGAUUAUUCAUGAGAGGAGGCAGAGGACACAAGUGAAGAACAAAAAAGAAUUUCUUGGGAGUUUUUAUAUGCAAGUGAGGAGAAGCAGAGACCCUCUUCCCUGCGGGUCAGCCGUGAGAGAAGAUGAAGAACCAAAUCACCAGCGCCCUCUCCGACUUCUUCUUUGAGUAUGAGACUCCCCGCCAGGUGCUGGUGAGGAACAGGAGGGUGGGAGUGGUGUGCCGGCUCAUCCAGCUGGGGGUUCUGGUUUACAUCAUCGGGUGGGUUUUCAUCUAUGAGAAAGGUUACCAGUCCACAGACACGGCCGUCAGCUCCGUCUUCACCAAAAUGAAAGGAGUGGGCUACACCAACAACAGCGGGGGAGAGAGGGUCUGGGACGUGGCUGAUUAUGUCUUCCCUUCACAGGGAGACUCAUCAUUUGUAGUGAUGACAAACUAUAUCAUGACUGAGGGUCAGUCAAUGGGAACCUGUCCAGAGCUCCCGGGCAAACACAACUGCAAUACAGACGCCGACUGUGAAGGAGGGAGUUUCAAACGUACGGGAAACGGAGAAAUGACCGGAGUCUGCGUGAACAGGACUAAGACCUGUGAAGUGCUGGCCUGGUGUCCAGUGGAGGACGACCGCGACGUACCAGAUCCCCCGCUGUUGUUGUCUGCAGAGAACUACACUCUGUUCAUCAAAAACUCCGUCACGUUCCCCGCAUUCGGCGUCUCGAGGAGCAACCUAGUGGAGGACGUGGACUCCAACUACAUCAGCAGUUGCCUGUAUCAUCCACUCAGCGCUCCCCUGUGCCCUAUAUUCAAACUGGGAGACAUUAUUAAACUUUCUGGCUUAAACUUUCAAACAGUAGCUAAAGUGGGAGGAGCCAUCGGGAUCGUGGUCGACUGGACGUGUAACUUUGACGUGCAUGUAAAACACUGUAAACCAGAGUACACCUUUCAUGGACUCUAUGGAAGCAAAGAAGGCUCUUCAGUGGGCUACAAUUUCAGGUUUGCGAGGCAUUAUAUGGAGGACAAAAUUCAGAAAAGAACACUUCUGAAAGUGUUUGGCAUCAGGUUUGACAUCAUCGUCCAGUCACUUGCGCGGAAAUUUGAUAUCAUCCCUACCCUCACAGCCAUCGGCUCUGGAGUGGGAAUUUUUGGAGUGGCGACUGUAGUGUGUGACUUGGUGCUGCUCUAUUUGCUACCGAAAAGAGAAUUUUACAAGAACAUGAAAUUCAAAUACACGGACACACAAGUACAGGACAGCGAGUCGGUUGGUGUAGACACGAACGUCUAUUACACCCUCGAAGCAAAUGCAAAACAGGCUCAAGGCAAAGACCGGUCCAAAGAUCCUGAUUCAGAGGCAGGCAGCACAGAGACUGAUGUGUCUAAAAAGUGACCCGGGAGCAAACGAGCCAAAAGGCCACGCCUCUUUUGGGGGUGUGACGCACUGGAAGCCUGGAUCCUUCAGACACUACCUGGACUAACAGAAAGGAGCACAGCGAGAUGGAGUCACGUUAUUCCCAUCAGCAGCUUAGUCAUCCCGAGGAUCUGUGACGCUUGUAUGUGGAGUCAGAGGCAGCCAAGCUCGGCGGUGUGUGUACUUUCUUGGGUGUUACUGUUUGCUUGUCUUCAUGCUUUGGGUGUUGCCUCUGUCUGUAAUUCUGUUACCUCAGUCGCCGUCGUUGUAAAAGAAACAUGUAGGUGCGCUGCUGUCAGUGAUCGUCCCUCGUGUGCACCUUGUGAUCGGCUGUUGACUUAAUAAAAACAUGUACAGUAACA